AUGGAGAACGAUGAUGAAAAGUUCUUUAAAAAAGAUGAAGUGGCCACGGUGUCUUCAAAUACUGGUCAAGUAAAGUAUGGUUUGGUUUUAACGGCAAACAGACCGCGAUCAGAAACUGAGUUCAAAAAGACUGCAUAUAAGAAUCAUAAUGAGAUCAAAGUGAUCUGGCAUCCAAAAGGUGCUGAAGAAAUUAUCUCUGAUGAUAAAGUUGUGUUAAUGGAUCGAUCAUUAAUGCCUGGUGAUGUAGUACGAAAAUUUAGUGAAGGCAAGCCAAGUCAAUUUGGAUAUUGUGAAAAUAUUGAUAUAUAUGCCACAGUAAAAAUACUUAAUACCAACAAAAUAAUAGAAAAUAUCAAUUUCCGAAACUUUACUCACACAAAACCCUUCGCAAUUCAUUCCUCGGUUUUUUAUGAAUCAUGUGUUGGUGAAGUUUAUGAUGUCAAACGUAAAGUUACAUUUGUUUCACAGAAUGGAUCUAUUUUUACAUUAGAGGAUCCAAAUAGGCGAGACUUCAUAAGUCUAUCUACAAGUGACAGUUUUUCCAUUGAUGACAAUGUAUUUUAUCAUGGGCAAAAAUUAAAAAUAUGUCUAGAUUCCUUAGAAAAAGCAAAAUUUUUAAAGAUCAGUAACCUAAUGAAAUGUUUAUUGCACAAUUAUAAGAAGAAUUUCAGCUAUAAAUUUGGGUCCCAGUGGGUCAAAGUUUAUGUUCAAGAUGUUAUUGUAUCAUCAGUUGAAGUUCAUUGGUACUGCCAAACAUCAAUUAGAAUAAAUUUGCAUGAAACAUAUUGGCCAGAGAGAUUAUUUACUGGUGAUAAUUUGAAAAAACUUAAAACUAUUGAUCAAUUUGAGUCGUGUUCAAUUCAUGUGGGAGACACAUAUUGGUAUACAAUUAAAUAUACCGAUAAUUUGAUGACAAUGAAACAGUGGCGAUCUAAAUGUGCAGAAGCUUUUAAUAUUGGAACAUGUUCAAUACACAGUAAAACUAAUAAAAAAAAGCACCACAACAAGCUUUUAGGUACCAAUCAACCAUCAAAGAGUUCACAUCCUAUUGAGUUGGAUCCUAUAAAUAAAGAUGACUUAUUAUUAAGCAAUAGUUGUGUACAAACAUUAAAAUCGAACAGAGUAAAGAGGAACCGUAUGAGGAAAUCAUUGAUUAAAAAAAGUAAACAAUUCAAUAUACCUAAAGUAAAAACCAAACCAAAUUCCAAAGUUGUAGUCGAGAUUUGCUACACAAAAUCUAUGGUAGAUGUUACAUGGCAGGAUGGUACUAAAGAAACUGGAGUUUCUUCCACUGAUCUCUACCCAGUAAAAACUCUUGGUGACCUUGAGUUUUUUCCUGGCAAUUUUGUUACCGAAAAAAGUCCUGCAACUGACAUUUAUGGUGUUGUAGAAUCUGUGGACCAUGCAGAACGCACUGCUCAUGUACAAUGGUUUAAAGUUUAUCCUGAAUAUCCAUCAUUGCCAUAUCCUAUUAAAAAGACUUAUUUUAGUGUAUAUGACUUAAGGCAUCAUCCGAAUGUCCAAUUUAAAUCUGGUUAUCUCGUUAUACAUAUUAAUCCUGAUACAAACCCAGAUUUAAACACCUUAACUGCUGGACAAGUAUUAAGUGCAGGGCCUGAUGGCAAGAUCUUAGUGAUGUGGGUUAAUGGUGAAAAAACCAUAUGUUGGCCACAAGAAUUAUAUGUUGUCAAAGUAAAUGGUGGUGGCUUUAUUUUUGAAGAUUUAGAAUAUGGCUUAUCUGAAGAUUUGAUGUCUAUGACCAGUCCUGGACCAUCCAAGGUGGAAUGUUGUACACGAGAAUAUGGUAUCAAACUAAAUGGCGAAGGCAUCAGUUUUCAAGAUGUAGAAUAUGACAUAUACACAGAUUGGAUGUCUUUAACCGGUCCUGGAUCAUCUAAUAAAAGCAGUGAACAACUACACGAUGAGCAGGAAUAUGCAAGACUAUUAGGCCAAUUACUAGAGCAAUCUGUUACGACUAUAAAAUUAUUUCUAGAUGCUGUUAAACAAAAUUGUGACAUGGAUAAAGUGCUUAAAUUAAAAAAAGCUUUAGAACAAUAUAGGUUAGGAUUUAACCUUAGUUCGUUGUGGCCAACUUCAGAAUGUAAAGAAAAAGAAAAAGAAAUAGAAACAUGUUAUAAGGAUCUCAUGGAUAAUAUCUCAAAAUUAAUAAACAAAAUAAUCUCAAGAAUAGAUAUUAAAGACAAAGAAGAAAGAGAAUUAGUUGAAGAAGGAGAACUGCCAUAUGAGAUUUUCAUUAAAGACAGUGAAACUAAAUUAAAACAGUUUGUGUCAGAUUUCAUAAUGAAAGUUUAUCUUGUUCUCAAAGAAUCAUAUUGUUCUAAGUAUGGAAUAAUAACAGAUUGUGAUACAAAAGAUGAAAGCGAUGACCUUAGACCAGAAAUAAUGGAUGUUACUGAGCCAGCAUCUGUACUUCCAGUAAUUAAACCACAUCCUGCUGAAUGUCGAUUUAUUACAUUGGAUACAGAGCCAGUAUACGAAGUAACCAAACCAGAAUAUAACCAAAGUAUAACCAAACCUGAAGAAGCUGGAGAUUGUGAUACAAAAGAUGAAAGCGAUGACCUUAGACCAGAAAUAAUGGAUGUUACUGAGCCAGCAUCUGUACUUCCAGUAAUUAAACCACAUCCUGCUGAAUGUCGAUUUAUUACAUUGGAUACAGAGCCAGUAUACGAAGUAACCAAACCAGAAUAUAAUCAAAGUAUAACCAAACCUGAAGAAGCUGGAGUUUUUGAUGUGGUAGAAACACUUAUGGAUAAUUCACACAAAUACAUCAAUGACACAGAUAAUUUAAAUCUAUCAUUACCAAAAGUUAUUGCCAAAGACAUCCAAAUACUUCAAAAAAGUUUACCGGCAGGAAUUUGGGUGAAAACUUUUGAAAAUCGUGUGGAUUUGUUUUCAAUUAUGAUUAGAGGACCAGAAAAAACGCCAUAUGCUGGUGGUUUGUUUCUAUUUGAUGUCAAAAUUCCACCCACAUAUCCAAACCAACCUCCACUCUGUCAUUAUUAUAGUUAUUGUGUAGACCGGUUGAAUCCAAAUCUAUACGAAGAUGGAAAAGUAUGCCUUAGUCUUUUGGGUACUUGGUCUGGUCAAGGUGUUGAAUUAUGGUCACCUAAUAAUUCAAAUUUAUUACAGCUUCUAUUAUCAAUACAAGGACUGAUAUUGGUGAGUGAACCAUAUUAUAAUGAACCUGGAUUUGAUUCCCAGCGAGGUCAAAAGCUUGCAAAAGAAAACUCUCGUGUUUACAACGAAAUGGCUCUGAUCAAAGUAGUGCAGUCAAUGACAAAUAUGUUAAACAUGAAUUUAGGCGUUAAAACUGCAGGGUAUUUUGAAGAAGAAAUACUGGAACACUUAAAAACACAUGGUCCAAAGUUAAUCAGUACAAUUGAAAAUUGGAUUAAAAUGUCUGAAAAAGAAUUAACUGAAGAUGAAAAACUUGUUCCUGGAUAUCCAUUAUUACCACUUUCCAAGGGUUUUUGCUUAUCAAUCAUCAAAGCACUAAAAGAUUACAAAGAAGUAUUGAUUUCCAUGAAUAUAAUAUUCAAAUAAUCAUAAAUAACUUUUAACUGUCUUAUCCUGUUCAAAGGAAAACAUAUGCAAACAUACGUUUUUCAUAUAUAAGUCAUUGUUUCUUUAAACCAUUUUUAAAUUUAUUUAUUCUUUAUGUUCAACUUAUCUAGCUUUUAACGUAUUAAGUAUAAUUAAUUAAGUUAUAUUAUCUGAUUUUUACCAACUACUUGUGUGAAUGGAAAAAUUAAUAUACAUUUGUAAACUAUGAAUAAAUUACAAAACAAAAUUAAUUGAAAAUGUAACUCAAAUUAUAGCAAAUUCACAAUAAAUAUUAAAUCAA